AUGGUGGCGGGAGCUGAAAGUGUCGUGGACGACCCGCAGACGCUGAAGCGCAUCAUGGCGGCGGCACAGCCGAGCCAGAGCCACGUUGGCCGCAUGAUGGACGCCAGCAGAUCGCACGUCCACCUCCUCCCGGACUCCUUGUCCAAGACAAGCUCCCUGGCAAAGAAGGAGCGUGACCGGCUGCUGCAGCUGCAGCGUGAUCGGCAAGCCGCGUGGGACGUCGCAGCAGAGCGCAAGCUGCUCCUGCCGGUGCUCCGCACGNCAGCUGCAGCGUGA